UUUCUUUCCGAUUCUUCUUGUUUGUGUCGGUAGGAGUGAUUAGUGUCUUCGAUUUAGGAUAAAGGGUACAAUUUGAGUUUGGAUGUCAAAAGGGUUGCAUUUUAGUUUCAAAAUUGACAUGGUUUUGUAAAUUCUGAGAAUUUUUUUUGGAAUUGAGUUCAUAUCUGUAACAGAUGUUCUAUCAGUCAUGAAAUUAAUAGUAUAGGUUUGAUAUUAUUCAUGAUUUGAGUGUCUACAGGUUUAAUCAAGCCUGCACAAGUGAUUUGUUUAAAUGUUUUCUGUGAUAUCAAAUGAGAAUCAGCAAUGCAGGUUCUUUUUUAUGUAUAGAUCUGUAGGUUUCUAAUAAAAGUAGUUGAAACGAAUUAACAUUCGACUGCCCGUCGUCUCUGACAGAAGAGAUCUAUGAUCCAUAUUUUGAAUUUUGUGAUUUAUAAUGGGGUGGAGUUAAGUUGCCGGUUAUUUCAAUGACAUGUUUGAUGCUGGAAAAGAUGAGAAAGAAGCAAAGAAGGAAGCUUUUAGGAAGUAUUUAGAGUCUAGUGGAGUUCUCGAUGCUUUGACUAAAGUUCUUGUGGCACUAUAUGAACAGAAUGACAAGCCUUCCUCAGCUGUUGAGUUUGUCCAGCAAAAACUAGGCGGGCCUAGCUUAUCCGAGUAUGAAAAGCUACAAGCUGAGAUGUCUGAUUUGCAAAUUAGAUACAAUGAGCUUUUGGCAGUUCAUCAAGAAAAAUGUAGCCAGCUUGAGGAAUUAAAAAACACACAAACAGUGGCAUCUUCCAAAGAGGAUGUUGAAGUGGAACCACCUAAAGAAAAUCUAUGAAGGAAUCUUGGUAUUAUAUGAAGAACUCUACAUACCAAAAAUCAAUACAUAUUUCCCUAAUUUUAUGCUAUUCUCAUGUUCAUUUUUUUUAUCUGGUUUAUUUCAUUGCGAUAUUUAUGACCUUUAUGCUAACUUCAUACACGCUCCUUAUUAUAUAAUGUGUUUUAGUUCAUCCUUA